AUGUUUGCGACUCUCUUAGAAGAGAUUGCGACACUGCGGAGGCAGAAUGAGGACCAGCAACGCCAGCUGGAGCAUCUGCGAGGUGCUACCUCGCUUCUUCUUGAGCGCGACAGCGUGUCCCUACCAACUCCGGGCAGGCUUCAGUUCAAGCACCUACCACUGGAAAUCAGAGAAAUGAUAUGGAAGCUUGCGGUGCCGCGGCGGCUUCUUGGCUUUCCAGGCUCUAGGUCUGACGUCCCGUCAGCUCUGCCCAUCCCGACCAUCGCCCACGUCUGCCGUGAAUCUCGACGCGUUUUCAUGACUCAAAAACGGUACACUAAGGAUGGUCGCAAUUAUGUCCCGCCACCAUUGUGGCGAUUGAAGGGUGAUUCUUUGGCCCAUUGGACUUCGUUCAGCCCUCGAACGGACGCUCUUCUGAUCAAUCCUGGCGACUUCUUGCGUGAGGAUAUUGAAACCAAUUAUCCCAUAACUUGGACGGCGGAGCAUCUCAUGGUUGAGAAUGCCGAGACAUGGGAACAACUUCGAUUCAGUGGUCGCCAAUUUGAUUACGAGGAAGAGAAGGCGCUCACCGACUGGAUAGGACGACUUGCAAUGUUCCCGAACUAUUCUCCUCCGAUAAGGGGCUCCAUCUGGUCUGAGGCCCCUCGUUUGACGCGGGCCCCUGUUUGCCAUGUACGGACCGUGGACUUCAUCGUGAGCAGUAUCACGAUGGUAGACCACAAUUACCCCCCGAACUUGGUUCACCGCCUCUUCGGCGGGGACUACGUCAGGAUUGUCGAUUUGAGAGAUCGAGAAGCUGUUGAUGCCAUCGAACAUAUGAUACAGCACGAGCUAUCCCAGUUUCUAGAGCCAUCCGAGUAUACACUCUUGCCAACGGAUCUUGAAGACAGCCUGGAUAUUUUCAAAGGCACCGCUACCGAAUCUUUUUCCCGAGUCGAAAAGAGAUUGCUGAGAGCUCUGGCCAAGGCCUACUACACAGAGUCACUCUGUAUUAACACCCUCGCAACCAAGGCACGGGCAAUUUUACCGUCACUAUUCAGGGACGGUAAGUGGGACAUGGAAGUUACCUGGGCAAAGGAGCUCUGCAAGCGCAUCGAUGUUCGGCCAGUCCACGUCUUCAUCCGAGCCGAGGGUGUAUCAGAAGUGAAUUGGUAA